UACGUCCAGAGUCAAGAGAAAUCUGGGCUUUCUAGAAGCAGGAUGACUGCUAUAAAGUGCCCAGAACCGCUCGGCCCGAGCAGACAACAAAACACAACUCGAGCAACCCGAAGCAGAGCUAAAGUCCGCUCUCUGAGGCGACUGCAGAAACUCACAAGACCUGUGAUUUUAACAAUCAAAGAUGGCUAAAGGUUUGUCCAUUGGCAUUGAUCUGGGAACCACUUACUCCUGUGUUGGAGUGUUCCAGCAUGGAAAAGUGGAGAUCAUCGCUAACGAUCAAGGAAACCGAACCACUCCAAGCUAUGUGGCUUUUACAGACACAGAAAGACUCAUCGGAGAUGCUGCCAAAAACCAGGUCGCCAUGAACCCCAACAACACCAUCUUUGACGCCAAACGACUUAUUGGCAGAAAGUUUGAUGAUCCGGUAGUCCAGUCUGACAUGAAGCUUUGGCCAUUCAAGGUCAUCAGUGAAGAUGGCAAACCAAAAGUCCAAGUCGAGUACAAAGGGGAAAACAAGACAUUCUACCCUGAGGAGAUCUCAUCUAUGGUCCUGGUCAAAAUGAGAGAGAUUGCUGAAGCCUACCUGGGUCAUAGAGUCAAUAACGCCGUCAUCACAGUGCCGGCGUACUUCAACGAUUCACAAAGGCAAGCGACCAAAGACGCAGGGGUCAUUGCCGGAUUGAACGUGCUGCGAAUUAUCAAUGAGCCCACAGCUGCCGCCAUCGCCUACGGCCUGGACAAGGGCAGGACGGGAGAGAGGAAUGUCCUGAUCUUCGACCUAGGUGGAGGCACCUUUGAUGUCUCCAUCCUGACGAUUGAGGACGGGAUCUUUGAAGUGAAAGCCACAGCAGGGGACACUCAUCUGGGUGGAGAGGACUUCGACAAUCGCAUGGUGAAGCACUUUGUUGAAGAGUUUAAGAGGAAGCACAAGAAGGAUAUCAGUCAGAAUAAGAGAGCAGUAAGACGGCUGCGCACGGCCUGCGAGAGAGCUAAAAGGACCCUCUCAUCUAGCUCUCAGGCCAGCAUCGAGAUCGAUUCCCUCUUUGAAGGCAUCGAUUUCUACACUUCCAUCACUAGGGCUCGCUUUGAAGAGCUUAACGCGGAGCUCUUUAGAGGCACGCUGGAUCCAGUGGAGAAGGCUUUGAGAGAUGCUAAAAUGGACAAGUCUCAGAUCCAAGAUAUUGUUCUGGUUGGCGGCUCCACCAGGAUUCCCAAGAUCCAGAAGCUCCUGCAGGACUUCUUCAAUGGAAGGGAUCUCAACAAGAGCAUCAACCCAGAUGAGGCAGUGGCAUAUGGAGCAGCGGUGCAGGCCGCCAUCCUAAUGGGUGACACCUCGGAAAACGUCCAGGACUUGUUGCUUCUGGAUGUGGCUCCGUUAUCCCUGGGUAUAGAGACGGCUGGAGGAGUCAUGACUGCGCUCAUCAAACGCAACACCACCAUCCCAAACAAGCAGACACAGAUCUUCUCCACAUAUUCCGAUAACCAGCCGGGAGUCCUGAUCCAGGUGUUUGAAGGAGAGAGGGCCAUGACUAAAGAUAACAAUUUGCUCGGCAAAUUUGAUCUCACUGGGAUCCCACCAGCACCACGUGGUGUACCUCAAAUAGAGGUGACCUUUGACAUUGAUGCCAAUGGCAUUCUGAACGUAUCCGCUGUCGACAAGAGCACGGGAAAAGAGAACAAGAUCACUAUAACCAACGACAAAGGUCGACUGAGCAAGGAGGAUAUCGAGCGUAUGGUGCAAGAUGCGGAAAAGUACAAAGCCGAGGAUGAAGUGCAGAGAGAGAAGAUCGCAGCAAAGAACGCUCUGGAGUCUUACGCCUUCAGUAUGAAGAACACUGUUGAAGAUGAGAACCUGAAGGGAAAGAUCAGCGAACAGGAAAAGAAAAAGGUUAUUGAUAAGUGUGCCGAGGUCAUUUCUUGGUUGGAGAACAAUCAGCUGGCUGAAAAGGAAGAAUAUGAGCAUCAUCAGAAGGAACUGGAAAGUGUGUGUAAUCCAAUCAUCCAGCAGCUGUAUCAAGGAGGAGCUCCUCCUGCAGGUGGAUGUGGAUUCCAAGCCCAGCCUGAAUCAUCACAGGGCCCCACCAUUGAAGAGGUGGAUUAGAGAAAGGAAAGUGUACAUAUGGAGCAGUAUUAAUUUCUGAUUUAAAUAAGACAUGGUGGGCUUACUUUAUGGUAUACGUCCAGUUUAAUAUGCUAAAUUAUUUAUAUAUCUUGUUUGUCAAAUGUUUUUGAAAGCUCUAAAGCAGGGGUAUCCAAACUCGGUCCUGGAAGGAUGGUUUCUUGAAUAGUUUAGCUCCAACUUCCUUCAACACGCCUGCCUGGAAGUUUCUAGCAUACCUAGAAAGAGCUUGAUUAGCUGGUUCAGGUGUAUUUAAUUGGGGUUGGAACUAAAAUAUGUAGGACACCGGCUCUCCAGGACCAAGUUUGGGCACCCCUACAAAGGCAAAUUGUCUUUCAGUUAAGCAAUGUUUCAUUGUAUUUUAUUAAGUAUUUAUCAUUUUUGAGAAUUAAAAAAAUGCUAAUUUAAACCAUGAA